AAACUAUCGAAAUGUGAAAUAAUCAUACUCAGCAUUGGAAGUUAGCAGAUAAUAACGUCGACCUUCAAAAACCUUAAGAAAGCUGAGGUUUUUUUCUACAAACUGUGAAUUGUGUACUAGCAUCAAGGCGCUAACUCAAAAACUCAUCUGGUUUAUAUUACCUUGUUCUAAAGAUUGGAUAUUGGAUUAGCCCGCUGUAUUCAUUCCGUACGGUACAUAAUGCCUUCAACAAUCGCUAUCUCUCCACCAGAUACUGAAGGAGAUGGACGUUGGAUGAGCCAAGUAUUAGUGUAGCCCUUAUUCACACGUUUAUUAGCAUACGAGAUUUGUUUGUCAGGCUAGAAAAAAGGAACCAGAUGUUGUAUUACUUGGUGAUUCCAUAUUCGUUUAUAUGCAGUUUACACAGACGUACAAAAAACACAUAGAACCAUUACACUGUGUAAAUUUUAGUAUUGCAUGUGACCAGACACAAAAUGUCUUAUGGAGAAUAGAAAAUGGAGAGCUUGAUGGCUUCUCACCCAAGGUGGUCGUUAUUAUGAUUGGCAGUUACAACGUUGGUGAUUCUGAAGAAGAGGUUGUUGAAGGGAUUCUGUCUGUCACCGAAAAGACAAAAUCUAAACAACCUCGCGCUUCUUUAAUAGUUAUGGGUCUUUUGCCGUGUGGUCGAACUCCUAACAAAAGACGCAUGAAGCAUGAACGGAUUAAUAAACUCCUCACUGAAGCUUUCUCUGGUCGACCUGAUGUCACAUAUUUGAAUCCUGACUGGGAUAAUUUCGUCCAACAAGAUGGGACUAUAUCACAUCGUGAUAUGUUCGACUAUAUGCAUCCAACCGAAAAUGGUUAUGAAAAACUGUGCGAACCUUUAUUAGAAGAGCUGCAAAAUUCUCUACAUACAUUUUUAAAGACUAACGCUCCAAAUAGUUUUGUUGAAGAUUCAUAAUUCUUAUGCUUUUUACAUUUUAGUGUUCUGUACAAUACUAUUAUUAUUUCUGAGUCAUUUCUCUGUUCACUUAAUUUUGGAUAUAAAUUAUUGUGUUUUGUGGUUUUUUUAUUUAUAAACUAACUGGUGUAUUGUUAUUUUAAUUCCUUCACUUGCUUUUGUUUUAGUUUACUCAGUUUAAUGUUCGGUUCUAAUUAAAUCUUAAUACAAGGUUUCCAUAGUUUUAUUUUCACUUGGUUUUGUUAAUUGAAUUUAUUUUAUCAUUUUGGCAACCUUCCAAUGUCAUUUGAUUCCUGCCACUUGCUACGAGCUUUAUCCAGCUUAUCGGUGACUCGUAUGUUAUUUAUUUUGUAUUUCAAACUUGCUUUUAUACACUUUAGUGAUCAAAUGUUUGGCAAAAAUUACAGUUAAUUUGGAACC